AUGGAAGAAAGGUAUGAAACUAUUAAAGAUAUUGGGUCAGGAAAUUUUGGAGUAGCGAAACUUGUGAGGGAGAGACAAAGUGGUAAACUAUAUGCUAUCAAAAUCAUUGAGAGAGGCCUUAAGAUUGAUGAACAUGUGCAAAGAGAGAUCAUAAAUCAUAGAUCCUUGAAGCAUCCCAAUAUCGUUAGGUUUAAAGAGGUUUUGUGUACUCCGCUUCAUUUAGUUAUAGUAAUGGAGUAUGCUGCGGGAGGAGAAUUAUUUGAAAAAAUAUGCAGUGCGGGUAGAUUCGACGAAGACGAGGCAAGAUAUUUCUUUCAACAGUUGAUUUCUGGAGUCAGCUACUGUCAUUCAAUGGAAAUUUGCCAUAGAGAUCUUAAGCUGGAAAAUACACUUUUAGAUGGAAGCUCUUCACCUCAACUCAAAAUAUGUGACUUUGGUUACUCCAAGUCUUCUGUUCUACAUUCUCAGCCUAAAUCAACCGUGGGAACUCCGGCAUAUAUUGCACCUGAGGUUUUGUCAAGAAGAGAAUAUGAUGGAAAGGUUGCUGAUGUUUGGUCUUGUGGGGUUACAUUGUAUGUGAUGCUAGUUGGUGGUUAUCCUUUUGAAGAUCCAGAUGAUCCAAGAAAUUUCAGAAAAACAAUUGAGCGAAUUCUAAGGGUUCAUUAUUCUAUUCCUGACUAUGUUCGCGUCUCAAAAGAUUGUAGAAAUCUUCUAUCUCAAAUAUUUGUAGCGAAUCCUGAGAAGAGAAUUACUAUACCCGAAAUCAAAAUGCAUCCUUGGUUUCUUAAAAAAUUGCCAACGGAAUUUGUGGAGGAUGAAAAACAUAAGUUAGAAAAUGAUGGGAAUUGUGUGGAUGAUUCAUCUCAGAGUAUUGAGGAAAUAUUGUUGGUAAUUCAAGAGGCAAGAAAGCCAGGUGAAGGACCAAAACUUGAUGGACAAUUUGUUGGAGGAGAAAUGGAAUUUGAUGAAAUGGAUGAAGAUGAUGAUUUUGAUAAUGAUAUAGAAACGAGUGAUGAUUUUGAUUAUGUUUGUGAUAUGUGA